GGUUGUUGCAACUGGCAUUUAAAUGAUGGAAGUUUACAAAGCAAUCUGCUGGGUUUCUCUCCUAGUGACUCUUCUUUCAAAUGGGUCUCUCUCUCAGUUGGCUGUGUGUGGUAUCCCUCCUCUCAACACUAAGAUUGUGGGGGGUCAGACAGCCCCUCCUGGAAGCUGGCCAUGGCAGGCCAGUCUACAAUCAUCCGGCAACCAUUUUUGUGGCGGCUCCCUCAUCAAUAAUCAGUGGGUGCUGACAGCUGCUCACUGCUUCCGCUCCAUUCCCUCGAAUUUGCGGGUCGUCUUGGGCCUCCAGGACCUGCAAGGCUCCAACCCAAACUCAGUGAGCCUGACGGUAUCUCAGAUCACCGUCCACCCCAACUACAGCAGCAGUACCAAUGACAACGACUUGUGCCUGCUGAAGCUGUCCUCCACAGUGACUUUUACCAACUUUAUCCAGCCGGUCUGUUUAGCUGCAUCAGCCAGCACCUUCUACACAGGAACUACUAGCUGGGUCACUGGCUGGGGCACUACUAGCAGUGGAGGGUCCGUCUCAAACACACUACAGGAAGUGUCUAUACCAGUAGUGGGGAACAGGCAGUGUAACUGUGGCUAUGGAGUUGGCACAAUCACUAACAACAUGAUCUGUGCCGGUCUGUCAGCUGGAGGAAAGGAUUCCUGUCAGGGGGACUCAGGAGGUGCGAUGGUGAGCAAACAGGCUGGUCGCUGGAUCCAGUCUGGUAUUGUGAGUUUCGGAGACGGCUGUGCCCAGCCAAAUAUCCCAGGAGUCUAUGCCAGAGUGUCCCAGUACCAGACCUGGAUCAACAGCAUAAUUAGCACCAACCAGCCAGGCUUCAUCCCCUUCUGCUCCAAUGGGACUGACUCUGAUCUCAACUUCACCUGCCCUGGUCUUCCAGCCCCUACAACCUCCACCAGUGCCACCUGUACAAGUCUGACAAUCCAAACUACAACCACAGCUGCCCCUAAAACCACAGCUGCCCCUACAACCACAGCCAACUCUACAACCACAGCCAACUCUACAACCACAGCCAACUCUACAACCACAGCCAACUCUACAACCACAGCCAACUCUACAACCACAGCCAACUCUACAACCACAGCCAACUCUACAACCACAGCCAACUCUACAACUACAGCUAACUCUACAACCACAGCUAACUCUACAACCACAGCUGCCCCUAAAAUCACAGCUGCCCCUAAAAUCACAGCUAACUCUACAACCACAGCUAACUCUACAACCACAGCUGCCCUUAAAAUCACAGCUGCCCCUAAAACCACAGCUACCUCUACAACCACAGCUACCUCUACAACCACAGCUAACUCUACAACCACAGCUAACUCUACAACCACAGCUAACUCUACAACCACAGCUAACUCUACAACCACAGCUAACUCUACAACCACAGCUAACUCUACAACCACAGCUAACUCUACAACCACAGCUGCCCCUAAAAUCACAGCUACCUCUACAACCACAGCUACCUCUACAACCACAGCUAACUCUACAACCACAGCUAACUCUACAACCACAGCUACCUUUACGACCACAGCUACCUUUACGACCACAGCUACAUCUACAACCACAGCUGCCCCUACAACCACCAGCACAACUACUCCUACCACACCUGCUCCUGUGGUCUGUGGGUCCGCCCCAUUGAACUUGGGUGUUGGUGUGGGAAUGUCAAUAGCGACAGCAGGCUUGUGGCCCUGGAUAGCCAGUCUGCAGAUAAAUGGCGUGCACGUCUGUGGGGGCACGUUAGUCACGCUGAAUUCUGUCAUGAGUGACGCUGGCUGCAUAUCCAGCCAGCCCAAUGCCUCUCUGUGGACUGUGAUCCUGGGUCGUCUGAAUCAAAACGGCACCAACCCAAAUGAGGUGAAACUGAAUGUCAUCAACAUCACAAUGAGCAACUUGACGGGCAACAACGUGGCCAUUCUCCGACUGGCCAACAAACCCACAUUAUCUAACUACAUCCAGCCUAUCUGUCUGGAUCAGGGAACCAACACCUUCAGUGUAGGGACUAACUGCUGGGUGGCUGGCUGGGCCACAGGACAGGGUGGAGCUGAGCAAGCCCUGCAGCAGACCCAGACAUCUGUAGUGGACUGUGUCAAUGUUUCAUCUACGAAUAGCAUUUGUACAGGAGCUGUGACACUACUGCAGGGGGAUGUGGGUGGUCCUCUGAUGUGUCAGGUGGGCAACUCAUGGUACCAGGCUGCUGUGUUGACUCUUCCCAGCAACGCCACUACCCUUAACACGACAAGUCUCAGCAACGCUCGCCGACGCAGGAGUACCAGCACCCCCCAGAUUCAAGUCUUCACCAAAACCUCCUCCUUCAAGACAUUCCUGAUUAACACUUUGGGAACACUCCUAUCCCCCACUACUGAAAUCAACUCCAACAACGCCACUAACCCUACCAAUGCUACUAGCACCACCAGCGCUACAACAACUGCAUCAGUUAUUGGCAGCAGUGGAAUGUCCCAGGGCUACUCGUCCACUCUCCUCCUGCUCUGGCUCUCCCCCGUCCUCCUGUCCUAAUUUUUGUCUAUUCCAUGUCAAAGCCAAUAAAUAAUAUAAAU